ACAUGCUUUUGCAAUUCCCCUCCUUAAUAUAUUUAGCGCCUUUAGACUUUCACAGGCCACUAGGGUUUAAUGCAAACCGAGUAAAACGACAUCAUCUGGCACGAAACCCUUCAUAACAAAGCCCAGAUUUCCCUUUGAACAUUCGAGGCGUUCUGUUUUUCACUCUCAUCAUUUCCUCUGUUGAACUUCCUGGGAACUGAAGCCCCUUCCUAACGUAGCACUUGCAGAUCCAAUCUAGGGUUUCCAUUUUCUUUCAGUCGAAGCAGAAAUGGCAAUCUCAGCUCAAACUCUUGAUAUUCUUGGUGAACGGCAAUCCGGCCAGGACGUUCGUACUCAAAAUGUGGUGGCAUGUCAAGCUGUAGCCAACAUUGUUAAAUCUUCACUUGGUCCGGUUGGUCUUGACAAGAUGCUCGUUGAUGAUAUUGGUGAUGUAACAAUUACCAAUGAUGGUGCCACAAUUCUAAAGAUGUUGGAAGUGGAACACCCAGCUGCCAAGGUGCUCGUUGAGUUGGCAGAGCUUCAAGACCGAGAAGUGGGUGAUGGGACGACUUCAGUUGUUAUUGUUGCUGCUGAGUUGCUCAAGAGAGCAAAUGAUCUGGUGAGAAAUAAGAUUCACCCAACAUCAAUAAUCAGUGGAUACAGACUUGCUAUGAGGGAAGCUUGUAAAUAUGUUGAUGAAAAAUUGGCAGUUAAGGUUGAAAAGCUUGGAAAAGAUUCUCUUGUAAAUUGUGCUAAGACAAGCAUGUCCUCGAAGUUGAUAGCUGGUGACAGUGAUUUCUUUGCAAAUCUGGUUGUAGAUGCUGUUCAAGCAGUGAAGAUGACCAAUGCACGGGGUGAAAUCAAAUAUCCAAUCAAGAGUAUCAAUAUUUUGAAAGCUCAUGGAAAAAGUGCAAAGGAUAGCUACCUGUUGAAUGGCUACGCUCUAAACACUGGCCGUGCUGCUCAAGGAAUGCCAACAAGAGUUGCACCUGCAAGAAUUGCAUGUCUCGACUUUAAUCUGCAGAAAACAAAGAUGCAAUUGGGUGUACAAGUCUUAGUCACUGAUCCUAGGGAGCUUGACAGAAUUCGUCAAAGAGAAGCUGACAUGACAAAAGAACGUAUUGAGAAACUACUGAAAGCUGGAGCUAAUGUUGUUUUAACUACAAAAGGAAUUGAUGACAUGGCUCUUAAGUAUUUUGUAGAGGCUGGGGCUAUUGCUGUGAGACGUGUUCGGAAAGAGGAUAUGCGCCAUGUUGCCAAGGCGACUGGUGCAACCAUGGUUUCAACUUUUGCUGACAUGGAAGGGGAGGAAACAUUUGAUUCCUCACUUCUUGGAUCUGCUGAUGAAGUUGUGGAAGAGAGAAUUGCUGAUGAUGAUGUGAUUAUGAUAAAGGGGACAAAAUCUACUAGUGCCGUCUCCUUAAUUCUUAGAGGCGCUAAUGACUAUAUGCUGGAUGAGAUGGAAAGAGCUCUGCAUGACGCUUUAUCAAUUGUGAAAAGGACCCUUGAAUCGAAUACAGUAGUAGCAGGUGGAGGUGCUGUUGAGUCUGCCUUAUCUGUUUAUUUGGAGUAUCUGGCCACAACUCUAGGAUCUCGAGAGCAGUUGGCAAUUGCGGAGUUUGCUGAAUCUUUAUUGAUCAUACCAAAGGUACUUGCUGUUAAUGCUGCUAAGGAUGCCACUGAGUUAGUAGCAAAGCUACGGGCUUACCACCACACAGCACAGACAAAGGCUGAGAAGAAACAUUUAUCCAGCAUGGGAUUAGACCUUUCAAAGGGCAUUGUUCGGAACAACUUGGAAGCUGGAGUCAUUGAGCCUGCAAUGAGCAAAGUGAAGAUAAUCCAGUUUGCCACUGAAGCUGCCAUAACAAUCCUUCGAAUUGAUGACAUGAUCAAGCUUGUCAAAGAUGAAAGUCAAAAUGAUGAGGAAUAGGUUCAGUAUAUCUGAAGAAGCAGAUCUUUUGUUCUCUAUUAACAACGGAAGAAGGGGACGGAUAUGUGGCUUUUGGUGUUGAUAAUGUUGAAGAGUUUGGUUUUGGGUUGGUUCUUUGUUAUUCCCUUGAUUGUAACGUUGUAGGUAUGCUACUGCCGCCUUUUAUAGCAAACUAAAAAUUAACUCCUCCGAGCGGAUGCUUAUUGAUGAAGCGAGAGUAUACUAUAAACCGGCAAAGACACGAAAGACCAUCUAGCAACUGGGCUUUUCGUGAUUUGUCAUUUUGGUCUAUCGCAUUGAUUGCAGGUUGAGUUUUGAGUGUUGGGUUCAUUUUUUCUGGUUUCUUUUUUGGGUUCAUGUUAGUAGUGCCUGUGCUAUAAUUUUUCGUCAGGCGUACUGGUGAUUGGAUUAAAUUGGGCCUAGUUGUAGACUAGAACCGUCAUCGGCAGAGAAACUGUUGCAAACAGAAAAUUCGAUUUAGGUUUCAAGUUA